ACCAUGAGACAGAUAGGCUAGGCCAAUUCCAUGUGCAAAAAGACAUGAAAAAAACAUUACUAUUAUUGUAAAAUCAUAGCUUUUGAGUUCUUCUGGUUCAUACUCUUUUCUCAUCAACCAUUGAUUGAUCAUUCAUACUUUUUUUUUUCUCCACAAGAAUAAAUGGGUUCUAUUGAAAGAACACUCUCUGUUAAAUCUCUCCCCUGGCCGUCGCCGUGGAUAUUGAUCAUCAUCGUCCUGUAGACAUGUCUGCUAAAAAGAAAGACUUUCUUUCAACUGCCAUGAAGAGAACCAGUGAAUGGAUUUCUUCUCAAGAGAUCCCCAGUGAUGUCACUGUUCAUGUCGCCGGAGUUUCUUUCUCCUUACACAAGUUUCCGUUAGUUUCCAAAAGUGGGUACAUAAGAAAAAUGAUAUCAGAAUCAUCGGACGCCGAUCUCACCCAUCUCGACCUAACCAACGUCCCCGGCGGCGCGGAAGCGUUCGAGCUCGCCGCGAAAUUCUGUUACUGCAUAAACUUCGAAAUCGGCACCGAGAACAUAGCAAUGCUCCGGUGCGUUGCAGAAUAUCUGGAUAUGACUGAAGAAUAUUCCAUCGGGAAUCUCGUCGGACGGACGGAGACUUACCUAAACGAUGUCGUUUUCAAGAGUCUAUCCAGUUCACUAUCGGUUCUGCAUUCGUCGGAGAAUCUGCAGCCGGUGGCGGACGAGGUGAAAUUGGUGGGAAGAUGUAUAGACACUAUUACGGAUAUAGCUUGUUGUAAAGACAAAGAAUUUAGUCCUCCAAACAAGUUGCAGCCGUCGGAGGUUGUUCAUGGUUCGCCGUUGUUUCUGGGUAACAAUCUCCGGCCGGUGGUUGAUUGGUGGGCGGAGGAUUUGACGGUUUUAAAGAUUGAUGUUUUUCAGAGGGUGAUUAUUGCAAUGAUAGCAAGAGGGUUUAAACCAUAUGCACUUGGUCCAGUCCUCAUGCUUUAUGCCCAAAAGUCACUUAGAGGUUUGGAAUUCGGGAAAGCGAGGAAGAAAAUAGAAGUGAAAGAAGAACACGAAAAACGGGUGGUUCUCGAAACGAUAGUAAGCCUCCUUCCAAGAGAAAAAAAUACAUUGUCGGUUAGUUUCUUAUCGAUGCUCCUCCGAGUUGCCAUCCAUCUCGAGACUACGGUUGCAUGUAGGUUAGACUUAGAGAAGAGGAUGGGAUUACAGUUGGGCCAAGCUGUCCUCGAUGAUCUCAUGAUUCCUUCGUUCUCAAUUAUAGGAGACACGCUCUUUGAUGUUGAUACGGUUCAAAGGAUCAUGUCGAACUUUCUUGAGUUUGAAAUGGGCGAGUCACGUUGGGGAGGACAAGAGAACGAUAUUGAAUUCUUAUCUCCUCGCCCAAAUGAUAUGGAGAAGGUUGUAAGGCUAAUGGAAAGCUAUAUUGCAGAGAUUGCAUCUGAUAGGAACUUGCAAGUGCACAAAUUCAUUGACAUUGCUGAGCUUAUUCCAGAACAAGGAAAGAUUAAUGAAGAUGGAAUGUAUAGGGCUAUAGAUAUCUACUUGAAGGCUCAUCCGGCCUUGACUGAGAUGGAACGAAAGAAAGUAUGUGGCGUGAUGGAUUGCCAAAAACUAUCUCGGGAGGCAUGUGCCCAUGCAGCUCAAAACGAGAGGCUCCCAGUCCAAACGGUAGUCCAAGUCCUAUAUUACGAGCAACAAAGGCUCCAAGAGGUCAGGAAUAGCGGGGACCAAUCUCCUAUGGUUCAUGCGCAUGUAACUCCUCUCGGAGAAAGUUCCAUAGCAGAACAUAAGGAGCUUUUGACAUUGAAAAAAGAAAAUCAAGAUAUGAAGUUCGAGUUAGUGAAGAUGAAAAUGAGAUUGAACGAAAUUGAGAAGCCGAUAAAUAGGUAUGGUGGGACUAUUAAUAGUAGUCCCUCCGGGAGUAGUGCUUCUACAACCACGAUCAGAGGUGAGAAGCCUCCACUCCCGAGGAAAUCAUUUAUGGGGUCGGUUUCGAAGCAGCUUGGAAAGCUUUAUACUUUGGUAAACUUCGAUGGGGUCGGAAGGGGCAAAAGUAGGAACAAACCAAGCAGGGCAAGUAGACAUUCGAUAUCUUGAUGAUGAACUCAAAUGAGCAUUGUUUAGGGUUCUUGUUUUUGAAGAAUUGAGAAUUGGUAGCUAUUGUUGUUUGUUAUGGUAUUCUUCUUUGACUUUCCCAUGUUGGGCUUUGGUAUGGAUCUUAUUGUAAAUUAUGGUGUUUUGUGU